AUGAAGCUUCCAUCCCGCGUGGAGCGCAAAUGCGGCGAGUGGUGCGAGGUCAAGAGCAAGACCAAAGACAAAAAGUACUACUUGAACAUAAGAACGAAAGAGACGACGUGGAAAAAGCCGCCAGACUGGAAUGAUCAAAUUGCUGACAGUAUUGGUGCCUCGCGAAAAAUUCUGAAAGAUUCGCCCUCCCUUUCCACCGACAGCUCAUCUCAAGACGUCCCUGCUGCUCAUCCCGCUCAAUCCACGCCAGUCGGGUCAACUAGAUACUCCCGCGCCUCCCCGCCCUCCAAAAAGCGCAAACACAACAAACAUAGAAAAUCAAAGUCAUCAAGAAAAAGUGAAAGUCCUCAGCGCAUUAACUCCUCUCUUUACUCAUCAAACAUAUCCACAUCAUCAUCGUCAAAAACUAUUCCAUCGCCAAAUGUUCAAUCAGUCGAAACUCACAUCCAAAAGACAGAAUCCUCUGAUCAAUCGAAAUUGGACGAACUAAUACAUCCCCUGAAAAGCUCUUUGAAAAAUCUUCCCGCCCCUAUCCCUUCCUCCGUCCUUCUCGACCCUCUUUCGAUAAAGCCAAGCCCGGAAGAGCAAGAAAAGCAGAAACAGCGUGAACAAGAAAUUGAAAGGACAUAUUCAUCGAAAAGAUUGAAAAUUCAACAGCUGGAAAGACGACAUCGUUUAGUAAAGCAACUGCCGGAGAACUCCGCUCCGGAUAAUGAAACAGUCCUUCGUCAAAGCCAAAAAUUCGUGAACGAGUCUAUUCCUUCCAGAAUGCAAGAGCUUAUCUACAAUAAGAAGGAGAAGCAGGCGGAUUUCUACUCCCGCGAAAAUACGCGAAACGAUCAAAUUAUGUCCGAAAAGCGCGGCGAAAUCGCCCAAGUGAGGCACAUUUUACGUAAUCGCACCUUCUUCAUCGAAUCUACUGAUGGUUUCUGCAGUCUACAAAAGAAGCGAUCGGAAGCUUUAAUGUUGAGCUCAUUUUCGUUUUCAAGUCUAAGCAGUCCGGCACAGUCCAAGGACAAAGUUAGUUAA